AUGGGGCGCGCCCAGUCGUCCCAGGGGACAGCCGAGGAGAAGGUCGCGGCGGCUCUCUCCCAGUUGCUCGCCCAGGCCCCGUCCGGCCGCUUGUCGCUCGGCGCUUGCCGCGCGUUGCUGCAGCGGCUGAAUUUGCGGCCGGUGCAGGCGCACCGGCUGCUGCACACCGCCGCAGCGACGCUCUUCUUCCCUUCGGUCGCGGCGCGGGAGGAGUUGUGCGGCGUGCUGGCGACGGCGCGCCACACCCUCGACGUGUGCGUCUUUACUCUCUCGGACCGGCGCAUCGCCGACACGGUCCUCGAUGCGCACAAGCGCGGCGCGGCGGUGCGGCUAAUCACAGACGAUGUGACUGCGAUGAACGACGGGUCACUCGUCUUUGAGCUCGCCGAAGCGGGGGUCGCAACGGUGGUGGACUCAGACUUCGAGGAGUGGAGGACGGCAGAGGACGGGUCCAUGCGUCGCUCCGGCUCGACGCCGCGGCACAUGCAUCACAAGUUUUGCCUCGUGGACGGCCAGAUACUGCUCACUGGGUCGUACAACUUCAGCUGGUCCGCGGGCAACGUCAACUGCGAAAACAUGCUCAUCACCGACGACCCGUACCACGUGCGCCGCUACGGCGAGGCGUUCGAGGGCCUGUGGCGCGAGUUUCGGCGCGCGAUGUACGUCUCGCGACAGGAGGCGGCGGUGCGUAUCCAGAGGAUCGAGCGUGGGCGGCGCGAGCGCACCGCCGGCGCCCGAGGCAUGCGGCAGGUGGUCAACGCUGCGUCUGUCAAGGCGAACGCCGGCCGCCGCAUAGCCGGCGGCCGCUCGCCGCGCGCGCGAUGAAACCAAGGUGGUCGGGUAACACCGCUCCAGCUGAUACUCGCAUCAGUCUGUUGGUGUAUUUGGCCCGCAGGGCGCGACGGAGCGCACGACUCACACCGUUACUGUUUCCACGCGGUAGGACAGAGCGAAAAAGUAACAGAACUCCAUGUGCGGA